AAGUUUUGUUUUGAUUGAUUGAGCAAUCUAGAUUUCCCUCUCCCCUCGUUUCUCCUCCCGAACUUGAAAGAACGCAAACCCGAAUCUCUCUCUCCUCUUACUCACUAUUACAAUUCAAACCUUCCUUCAAUUUUCUUCAGCAUGAUUCGAUUCUUCGCCGCUUUUCAGCUUCUCAUGCUCCUCGGAUUUCUGUCAUCUGAAUCGGAAUCACUUCGAUUCGAGUUGCCCUCCGGCCACACCAAGUGCAUCUCCGAGGACCUCAAGGCCAACGCCAUGACCGUCGGAAAAUAUCACGUCGUCAAUCCUAACGAAGGCCAGCCCAUGCCUGACGGCCACAGGAUCACCGUUCGGGUGACUUCUCCUGCGGGGAAUACCUUCCACUACGCAGACAACGUCGAAUCAGGCCACUUCGGGUUCGUUGUUACGGAGACCGGUGAUCUCAUGACCUGCUUUUGGGCUGCCGAUCACCAGCCUACUCUCACAUUGACGGUUGAUUUCGAUUGGAGAGCCGGCGUGGCUGCCAAGGACUGGUCCAAUGUUGCUAAGAAAGGCUCUGUUGAGGUUAUGGAAUUGGAGCUGAAGAAGUUGUUUGAAACUGCCAAUUCUAUUCAAGAAGAGAUGUAUUAUCUCCGUGCAAGGGAGGAAGAGAUGCAAGAUCUAAACAAAAGUACAAACACAAAGAUGGCAUGGUUGAGUUUGCUUUCGCUUUUUGUUUGCUUAUCGGUGGCGGGAUUGCAAAUAUGGCAUCUGAAGACCUUUUUCGAGAAAAAGAAGCUCAUUUAAUUUGUUAUAUUCAAACUCAGUCUCGUGUUUGAUUGUAAACUAUCAUCACAAAAUUAGCCUUCUUCAAUGUAGAUUAGUUUUUGGUUUCCUUUGUGAGCUUUCUAUCUCUCGGGAUAAGAACAGUAGUCUUUGAAUCAACUUACCGCCACUCUUUUGGAGUCUGAAAUUUUACAAAUUUUAGUUCCUUUUCUUGAGCAAGUUCCUUUUCCAACCUACCAAUAUGUAUGAAUUCUUUAAAGCAGAUCAACAGUAAUAGAAAUAGCAGAAACGACAUUUCUAA